AUGUUGCUCCCGGCUCCGCUCUCGCGGUAUGUCGGAUCGCUUCGCUCUCUGGGGCAAAAGUGGCGCAGCCAUACCGAAUCCCGGUAUGAGGGCGACGAGGAUUCGCUUGGUCAUCGACUGACCGAUGUUUUUCUUCGCACCUGGGACUUGGGUUUCAUCGCGUUCGGUGGCCCGCCUGUUCAUUUCCAGAUUUUGCAUCGUAGGUUCGUGGAAGGCAAGGGCGGAAAAGAGAAAUGGGUAGACGAACAGACUUAUCAAGAGCUGUUCGCCAUCUGCCAGGGUCUUCCUGGUCCGGGUAGUACGAAAAUGCUGUUUUGUCUUGUCCUGCUGCACGCAGGAUUUAUUCCAGCUAUUAUGGCGUUCCUAAUUUGGAGUCUCCCUGGAGCGGCGGGAAUGUAUGGCCUCUCAGUUGGCAUUCAGAAUCUCAGCAAUACUCUGCCUGGCCCAGUAUAUGCUCUUCUUUCGGGACUGAACGCUGCGACCGUCGGGAUUGUCGCCGUUUCUGCAGUACAGCUCGCAGAAAAAGCAAUCCACGAUAAGAUCUCCCGUAUUCUCAUCAUUUUUGGAGCGUGCGCAGGUCUUUGCUAUAAUGCUUUGUGGUACUUCCCCGUUUUGAUGGUCAUUGGUGGCCUUGUCAUUGCUACUUGGGAUGGGUGGCUGUACUCACAGGUACAGAAGACCAAGAAGGCCUGGCAAAACAAGCAUAAGCGUCGCGUUGAUUCGGAGGAGGCGAACUCGACCAACAUGGAAAUGGAGUCGACGACACUGGCCCCGACGGAGCAAAACAAUGGAGUGCGAUCAAGAAAGCCUCACCAGGCUGAAGAUUUACCGCAGGCCUCUGGGGCUCUUCCAGCCGGGUCGACAAGAUCCACCGAGACUGAGGCCAGUCAAUCACCGAAGUAUCAUAUUCGCAUCCGCACCGGAAUUAUUAUUUUUGUUGCCUUCUUCGCUUCGUUUAUCGCCAUUCUUGUCGCGAGAGGCAAAUUGUCACCCCCUCCACUUGCCCUCGAUCUCUUCGCUAGCAUGUACCUAGCCGGAACGGUGAUCUUCGGUGGAGGUCCAGUUGUCAUCCCGCUCCUUCGCUCCUAUGUCGUCAGUCCAGGCUGGGUUUCCAGCCGUGACUUCCUGAUUGGCCUGGCCCUUAUUCAAGCUUUCCCGGGACCGAACUUCAACUUUGCCGUGUUUUUGGGCUCGCUAGCACUGCAGCACUCCCAGUUCCCUACCAUCUUUGGCGCAUUCCUCGGCUGGCUGGGCAUCUUCGUCCCUGGAAUCACUCUGGCCGUUGCGAUCCAGAGCUUUUGGAGUGUGUUACGGACGAGAAGAUCCGUUAUUCGCUUCCUACGCGGUGUCAAUGCUACUGCUAUUGGCUUGGUCUUCACGGCCGUGUACCGGCUGUGGGAGAUUGGCUACUUGACGGCUGCGAAUAGCGCUGGGCAAAGUCUGGCCAAUGAGCCGUGGUGGUUGGUGGUUUCCACCAUCUCGUAUGCAGGCAACGCCUGGUUCGGCCUUCCUCCCGCGGUUACUAUCGUCAUUGGUGCUAUCCUUGGGUUGUGCUGGUAUGGAGCUGUUGGGCGGUAG